AUGUUCAAAGGCUUCGGCAUCUUCGGCGGCUGGUGGGCUGAGACCUACCCCAAGAUCAAGGCCUUAUGUCAAGCAGAGCAGCCAGACCUCAUCUUCGCCGACGACCUUGCGGAUGCUUGUGUGGAUGUGGCGAGAGAUCUUGACAUCCCUCUGGCUGGCAUGGCCCCUCAACUACCGCCGUCGAUGCUCCAAGUGCCAUAUGUUCCCGGAAUGCCAGGAUAUCAGCUGAAGCAUAUCACUUCCGAGCAUGCCAGUAUCUUGGACCGGAUCGCGGAAGAACUGUGUCGGAUAAGGAUUGCGUUUGCAUCCGGCGGCGCUAUGGGUCGGAUCACUGGCCGCAAUGCCAGGAGUGGUCCAGCCAAACCAAAACAUCUAUUCUUCGUCAACAGCUUCAUCGGCCUUGAAGUGCCCAAAGAGCUUCCACCGAUGGUAAGACCGGUUGGGCCGAUACUGUCAGAGGACAUAUCGCCACUCCAAGAUAACCCUGCCAUCGCGGAGUUUCUCGAUACCCACAAGCGAGUAAUGUUCAUAGCGUUCGGUACUCACAUCCGGACGUCGAAGCAACGCAUGCAGCGGAUAGUGCAGGGGGUGCGGGCGGCUAUGGACGAUGGCCUGCUCGAUGGGGCAGUCUGGGCCCUCAAGAAUGCCUCGACCAUCUUGAACUCUCCAUCCGAGGGCAGGAACGGAUGCUCUAAGGAUGACUUCGCGUUAGAAGAUCUCUCCCGGGUACUCGCAGGAGAGGAUGCCCGCUGGCUCGUCGACAGCUGGUGUCCUCAGCGAGCGAUCCUGAACCAUCCGUCGAUCUGCCUCUUCAUGUCUCACUGCGGUGCGUCGUCUACGGCGGAGGCUGCCUUCCACGGCGUCCCUGUGCUCACCUUGGCAGGAUAUGGAGAUCAAUUCGGACACGCGAUGAGACUCGAAGCGGCAGGUGUCGCCCUCAGACUCGACAAGCACAGCUUCACAGCGCAGGAUGUCGAAGCUGGGACAAGUGAAAUCGUUCAAGACAAGGACGGCAUGUUCGCGCGCAACGUCCUCCGGCUACGACGUGUCGCCCACGCAAACUCACAGCGCAAGCAUUUGGCAGCCCAGAUGAUCGAGGAGCUGCUGUACGACCACGAGCUCCGCUUUGAGAACCCCCCCCGUGGGCGGGAAUGGGAGGCCAGCGGGGGAGACGAAAUCACCCAGACGGUUGGCCGCGGUCGCGUCCUGAGGCCUGCUCACCUGGAGACGUGCGAUAUGCGCAUGCCGUGGAUCAAGAGGAACAACCUAGAUCUGUGGGCACUCUUCCCGGUGUGCGCCCCAAUCCUGACGCUGGCGUCCUGGUUUGGAAGAAGUAGCCGGUGA